CCAGCGGCAUCGCCCUGUGUCCUGCCGCUUGGGCUCUCUCUCCCUGAAACUGGCCAUGCCAGGGAGAAGGAGCUCCCCUCCCCACUGGGGACACCGUCUGGGGUGCCUCCGUUCGGCCUCAGCCUGCCGGGUCUGGGGUCCCCGGUCCUGCCCAGCCCGGGAGGCCCCUCAGCGCUCGCCGCUGCUGUGCCGGGACAUGGCGCUGCAGAACGCCCUGUACACGGGAGACCUGGCGCGGCUGCAGGAGCUGUUCCCCCCGCACAGCACAGCCGACUUGCUGCUGGAGAGCCGGGCGGCCGAGCCUCGCUGGAUCAGCCACCAGAGGGGACUCUGGUCGCUGACGUACAAAGAGGAGCUGACCACCCCACUGCACGUGGCGGCCAGCCGGGGCCACACAGAGAUCCUGCAGCUGCUGCUGAGGCGGAGGGCGAGGCCAGACAGUGCCCCUGGGGGCCGCACCGCCCUGCACGAGGCCUGUGCCGCAGGCCACGCUGCCUGCGCGCAUGUGCUGCUGGUGGCCGGAGCCGACCCCAACAUCCCUGACCAGGAUGGGAAGCGCCCCUUGCACCUCUGCGGGGCGGCCGGCAGCCUCGAGUGUGCAGAGCUGCUCCUGAGGUUUGGAGCAAAAGUGGAUGGUCGGUCCGAAGAAGAGGAGGAGACCCCUUUGCAUGUGGCCGCCCGGCUGGGCCACGUGGAGCUGGCAGACCUACUUCUAAGACGGGGAGCAUGUUCCAAUGCCCGCGAUGCUGAAGGCUGGACCCCGCUGCUGGCCGCCUGCGACGCCCGCUGCACGUCCCCCGCUGACGCCGAGGCCACCACCGCCCACUGCCUCCAGCUGUGCCGCUUGCUGCUCUCGGCCGGGGCCGACGCCGACGCUGCUGAUCAGGACAGGCGGCGGCCCCUGCACCUGGCCUGUCGCCGAGGCCAUGCGGACGUCGUGGAGCUGCUCCUGUCCUGCGGCGUCAGUGCCAACGCCAUGGACUAUGGGGGACACACGGCCCUGCACUACGCGCUGCAGGGCCCGGCUGCAGCCCUGGCCCAGGGCCCCGAGCACACGGUGCGGGCGCUGCUCAACCACGGUGCCGUCCGCGUGUGGCCUGGGGCUCUCCCCAAGGUGCUGGAGCGCUGGUGCACGUCCCCGCGGACCAUUGAGGUCUUGAUGAACACCUACAGUAUCAUGCAGCUUCCCGAGGAGGCUGUGGGCCUGGUGCCUCCUGAAACUCUGCAGAAGUACCACCGUUUCUACUCCUCCCUCUUGGCCUUGGUGAGGCAGCCCAGAUCGCUGCAGCAUCUGAGCCGCUGUGCCCUCCGUGCUCACCUGGCGGCCUGCCUGCCCCAUGCCCUGCCCCGCCUGCCCCUGCCAGCCCGCCUGCUCCGCUACCUGCAGCUGGAUUUCGAGGAUGUGCUCUACUAGAUGUCCACUGCCUUUUGAGAGAGUCUGAAAGCAGAUGCCCCAUGCCCUAGGGGAUGUCAGCCCACGGCUCACAGCGCCUGGAACUCAGGACUGAGUUGAACGGAUUCAGGUGGAGGUGGCCCUCUCAGCAGGAGGUCCAGCUCCACAGGCAGAUGUGGAUGUCAUCAUUCCCACCAGGAGAGGCAGAUGGGCCAUGUGGCCAGGUGACAUCUGAUGGACAGAGAGCCGGGACUCAUGGCAAAUGAUAGAUACUCCUCUUGGGGUCCCCUGAGGCCCCCUCCAGCUUGUCCAAACCCUGUAUGCACAUUAAAGAUCUCCAGGCCUCUGUUA